CCUAUUUAUCCGGGCGAAUACCAACACCUCGUUCACUACUUCCUGCUGCUAUGUGUCCCCCCUUUCUCUUAAAGUCGGCUAUAAAUAUCACUUGCCAAGAGCCACUUACUUCAUAUAUUUAGAGAGAGAUACAUAUUUGUAGAGAGAGAGAAAGAGAGAUGACUAAUGGUAAUCAUGUUGGUUCAGGAAAUGGAGGAUUUCAUAGCUAUCGCAGAUCCCCACAACCAACCCCUGCCCGUUCCCCUUCCUCUGAUAUGGAGAGAAGCAUGGGAAUGCCUGCUCAUCUCAACCAGGCAAUUACUGAAUGCAUCACUCGAGAGCAAGACCAAUUCAUGCCAAUAGCAAACGUGGUCAGAAUCAUGCGCAGGAUCCUUCCUUCCCAUGCCAAAAUAUCCGAUGGCUCCAAACAGACCAUACAAGAAUGUGUCUCUGAGUUCAUAAGCUUCACAACAUUGGAAGCUAACGAUCGUUGCCAGAGUGAGCAGCGCAAGACCGUCACCCCUGAAGACAUUCUUUGGGCCAUGAGCAAGGUUGGUUUUGAUGACUACAUUGAACCCUUGACUUUGUACUUGAAUCAAUAUCGUGAGUUUGAUGGUGGUGAGAGUGAAUCCCUGAGAGGGGAGACUUUGUUGGUGAAGCAACAAAUGGCUCAUGACCAUGGUUACUUUGUGUCUCCACCGCCAAUGGAUAACAAUGAUAUGCAGGGGGAUGCAUCAAAUGGAAGCACUUCUCAGUGUGCAGUGGCUUCAGUGGAUAGUGACAUUGAGUCUCCUGCGGAGGAGGGUAAGGAGUGAUCAGUUACUCUGCUGAAGGAACUAAGUGAAAAAUGUGUCUUUUGUAUUAAGUAAUUAGACUAUCUAAGUGAAAAAUGUGUCUUUUGUAUUAAGUAAUUAGACUAUCUAAGUGAAAAAUGUGUCUUUUGUAUUAA